AGAUCUGGCCAAGAACUCUCCAGCACUUGCGCCCAGACUUCAGUGUAUCCUUUGUGCUGUUUUUUUGUUGUUAUUCCAUCGUCUUCUGCAUUAUCCUUAUUCGCAUAGUUUUUGGUUGUUUUUUUGUUGCUUUAGUUAGUUGCAAGCCCUCAGUUAGUUCCCCCACGCCAAGCAAUGCAACAAGUGCAACUCCACCUGCAAGAACUGGUCCCCAGGCAGUGUAUAUAACACAAACAGAGAGUACAAAGAAAACAAUAGCAUUUGGCCCUGUCCCAGGAAGCCCAAGGUUAUUUGAGACUUUUCCAUCCGCCAGAAUGCACUGAAAGGGAAACAUUAUGACUAAAUACCACAAUGUUAUGAAAAUGAGAUAAAAAACCAAUGUAGGAGUUGCAUUCCACAAGUAUGUUGUGUUUCGACUCGGAGAAGAUGAAUUGGUACUAUCAUGUCUUGGCCAGACGUCCUUAUCUGGUGCUCGUUUCUGUCGCCGUCUACAGCAUCGCCUGCAUCAUUGUGGCCUUUAUGCUCAAUAAGCUGCCCGACUUCAGUGACCCCACACUGGGCUUUGAGACUCGAGGCACCAAGAUAGGAAAAAGGCUUACGGCCUGGCACAAUCUCCUCCAGGAAACAGACCAUCAUGGCGCACUCUUUUCGAAUCCCUCGGAUUUAUGGGAGAAGCGACGAGUGGACCACGGAAAUGGAGAUUCCAAUUUUCCAAGUCCGCGAAGAAGAAAAAACAAACACAAAAACAGGAAAAACAAAAAACGACGAAAGGAACAGAAUGUUGAUCCUAAAAGUCAGGAUAAGCAGGAGGUGUCCCAGAAAAUGAUGUUGGAAACGUUCACAAAACAUCUGAAGGCCACAAGUCCUCCUGUAACCGAUCUGGACAGAGAUGUCUGGAUGGGCGACAGUGUUGGAGUGUUCCGGGACUAUGAAAUAACUAAAGACGUGUCUUCGCCUUUGGAACCCACUGGACACACCGAAAAAAUUGAAUAUGGACACAAUACGACGUCUGUGGAUGAGGAAGAGCACAGGGAGCGAGUACAGACGAAGAAGAGCACAUGGCGUUUAAUAAAACAGGCCGCCACCAUGCCCACGGAUAGCUGGGCGGAUGCCCAUCCACACCAGCCGAGUGGAGGAUUUUUUUGUGACUCUUCCCCGCGCAAGGAAUACUCACAUUUUGUGGUCAAGCGCAUCGGACCUAAUGCCACUGAUUCGCUGUUCGACCUCAACGGUCUCCUGGCCAUGUGCCAGCUACAGGAUCAGAUAACCAACGUGCCCAGUUACCGAGCCUUUUGCGAACCGGAGAUGCAGACCACCGAGUGCUGUCGGCCGUGGUCGUUGCCAAAUUACGCUGCCGUGCUAGCCAACAAGAGUUCCUGUUUUGACCUUACCUCCGAGGACGUUACCGCAUUCAAAAGUCUUCUUACCAACUGCUUUGAAUACUUCCACGAUCUCAAGAUGGACAACCGCUGCAACGAGAUCCCACACUGCCGUGCUCCCGAAGAGUGCCAGCGCCACAAUAUUGUCUUUAACGUUUUAAACUAUCUCAGCGACUUGAACUUUAUUAAGCCAAAUGACUCCAGCGAAUACCUAAAAUAUGCCGUGAUAUUCGUUCCGGUAGCUCAAUCCAAUCGGGUAUUACCACUAUUCCACGAAUGGGAGGACGUGGAGCUCCAAAACGAGCUGGUAAAAGUAAUCGCCAUGGAUUUGGGUCUGGAGAAUGAGCUCUUCAACGAACUGCUGCUGACCGAUGUCUGGCUGGUUUCCCUCGGAGGCGCCUUCGUCAUGGCCAGCGUCUGGUUAUUCACGGGAUCCGCAUUCAUCACUCUAAUGUCGUGCAUUGCCAUCUGCUUCUCGUUGGGAUUGGCAUACUUUUUUUACGCCAUUGUUCUCGAGUUUGAGUUCUUUCCCUACAUGAACCUACUGGCCGUUGUGGUUAUCAUUGGAAUCGGAGCGGACGAUGUGUUCUUGUUUGUAAAAAUCUGGCAAUGCGUUUUGGCUGAGAGGUUCAGCACAAGGUGUACUUUAAGCACUCAGUCGCAAAGUGCUCUACCAUCUCCCUUGGAGAACUCUGAUCACACAGAGUCCUUGGAAAAUAUUAUGGCACUUACCAUGCGCCACGCUGCUGCCUCCAUGUUUGUAACAUCACUGACCACAGCAGGAGCGUUUUACGCGUCCUACAGCAGUUCCAUAACAGCCAUUAAAUGCUUCGGAAUCUUUGCGGGAACUGUGGUGGCAACAAACUACGUACUUAUGAUCACUUGGCUGCCCGCAUCGGUAUCAGUCAUGGAACGUAUCUUUGCCAGCCGCAUUUCCUGUCGUCAGCCAUUGGCUCAGAAACUCAUCCAUGCCACCAAAAAGUCAAUUAAUAGAUUUUGUCAAAUAUUUGAGGAAUUCAUUACUCAUAGCAUCAUGAACUAUGCCUAUCUCUGGCUGUUAAUCUUCGGCGCUUUGGGGGCAUCGAGUGCCGUCAUUGUAUUGUGGUAUCCAGGACUCCAGCUGCCGGAGAAGUCACACUUUCAACUAUUCGUCUCGCAGCAUCCAUUUGAGAUGUACUCGACUAUGAAGCAGCAGUUUUGGUUUGAAAAACCUCUCCAAGCGUACGAUAACUUUAAGAUGCCCAUGCACUUUGUGUGGGGAAUUGAGGCGGUGGACGAUGGCGAUUAUACAAAUCCCAACUCCUAUGGCAACUUGCACUAUGACAAUAAUUUUAAUAUAUCUAGCAAGUCGGCCCAGCUCUGGAUACUCGACUUCUGCCAGAGUGUGCGCCAGCAGCCCUUUUACAAGGAGACAAUGGGCAUGUUGUUGCCCAAUUGUUUCAUCGAGAACCUCAUUAAUUUUAUGAAAAGAAGAUGUGUAGAUGACAUGGAUAUCACCCGGAAAGAUCGUUCACCCUGCUGCGAGGCGCAGUUUCCCUUCGAUCCGCACAUAUUCGAGCUGUGUCUUCCUAUAGGCAUCUCCAACAUGUACGACACAUGGUUUUUUCGACCUGGCUUAGCUGGGCCCAAAUUUGCAGAUCCCCAUCGUAUAGAGUCGGAAGAUUACCGUGGUCUGGAGGGCAACGAAAGUGUCGAACUAACUGCAUCCAUCACACCUCUAGUGGCCAAAGCCAUCAUUAUUGAAUUUGAAUCGAAUGUGGCCUAUAGCACAAUUUACGCUAAUAUCAAGGAGUUUUACGAGGCAGUUGAGACCUGGUUUCAGCAACAACUGAUGUCAGCACCCCCGGAACUUCGGGGCGGUUGGUUUACCAGCGACCUAAAGUUCUACAAUGUGCAGGACACCCUAUCGCAGGACACCCUAGUUGCUAUCUGCCUGGCCAUGGCUGCCUCCCUGGCGGUGUUGCUUUGUUUUACGGUCAAUAUACUGAUAUCUUUUUACGCUGUUUUAACAGUAUCCCUCAGUAUCUUCAACACUGUGGCGGUUCUUAUCCUGUUGGGCUGGCAACUCAACAUCCUCGAAAGCAUUGCCGUUAGUACAGCUAUCGGACUUGCGGUGGAUUUCAGCCUCCACUACGGAAUCCACUACCGAAUGUCUCCCGUGAAAGAGCGCAUAGCCGCCACUCAGUUUGUGCUGUCGCGAAUAAUUGGACCCACAGUGAUGGCGGCAACAACCACGGGGAUGGCUGGUGGAAUCAUGAUGGCUUCCAACAUUUUACCCUAUAUUCAAAUCGGAGUCUUCCUGAUCGUGGUGAUGGUUGUGAGCUGGUUCUAUGCCACUUUUUUCCUAAUGAGUCUUUUGCGAGUGGCUGGACCGCAGCACGGUUUCCUUGAACUGAAAAGACCACAAUGGAGUAAACGAAACAGUGCCAGCAACAAAUUUUACGAACGAAAACCAAGCCAGGUGAUAGCCAGCGAACAACUACUAACCCCUACUAGCUCGGCUAUUGUGGAGCUGGUCAACUCGGAGACACACGAACUUGAAUCCCUGAACUCUAACACCCUGAUCAAGACCAUUUCCGGAACGGAAAGCGGCCAUGCACUAUCCUCCCUUAUGCGGGAUACGGAACACUCCUUCCAAACGCAGCCAGAGGCCAAAUAUCAAACGUAUCCGUCUGCAUCCAAUUGAGUUGUUUACAAUUUCCAGCCAGAGUGGGUUGUGUUGCCAGGAAAGUUAAGAGAUGGCACUGCAUUUUUAUACAGGGUACGGCGGCGUUGUAGUCUGUCCCGAAAAACGUUUAUAUAUAUAUAUACAAGCCCAGUGUAGGCAUAUAUAGUAUUAAAGAUAUGUACUUGGCUGCAUGUAAGCAUGUGAGUUAAGUGUGUUCUACAUUAAUAUACUCUAGAGUUUAGAUAUAUGUGUAAUUGGUAGACUUAAGCGAUGCUAAAACUUGUAAACUUCUCCUUAGUGUGCUAUUUCCAAAAGACUUCAGACGGUUGCAAUAUGCUUUUAUUAUUUUCGUUAAUGCAAGUUUGAUGCUCCAGCCAAGUGAAUACAAUUUGUAAACUGAAGCAAUUAGCGUAGGUACUGGGACUGCAUAAUGCGAAGGUAUUAUUAGUUUUUAGCCAAAACGUUUCAAAAGCUGUUUAUGUACUUAACUGUAAUCAAAACUAUUUAUACUAUGGAUUUUUAUUAGAUGUUAAGUUGGGUCUCUUUGAUGACUCCAGCAAAGAUGUAGUUACUUUAUAUGCUAGUUGCAAGAGAUGCUCACAAAUGUAUGCAUAUAUUAAUACGUUGCGUGUGCUGAAGCAUAUUGUUGUCUAUCCUAGUUGUAUGCGUUCAAAACAUAAACAAACAUACACGCCCUCACGUUUGUAAUUACCAUGUAACUGUGAUACAGAAGGUGAGAAACUCAAAGAAAUCGGUGUUUAUAGAGACAAAGGGUUAUACCCCAAAAAAAAAAAACGACGUAUUUUAAUUAACUGCAACUGCAACUAAAUGACACUGUACUUCCUUCAUUAAACUUGUGUGUUGAAGAGAUUUAAUAAAUGUUACUUGUAUAACAAUA